AUGCGGUUCCUUAUUUCGGCCGCACCGUUCCUGAAACGAAGUCGUCUCGCGGAAUGUAGAUAUGGAUCUUGGCCUCCUGCUGAUUCAUCGUACGCUUCAACAUUCUUCGCGCAGAACUUUUUCGACUUCGCCUGGCUGCGUAGCACGAGUCCAAUAGUAAUAUGCGAGAAAGACGCCAGUGUGCAACUUUCAGAACACUUCGUUUUAAUCGCCGAGCUUGCCUUUCAGAUCGCUAUCGUUGACUGGGACGUGCAUCACGGCAAUGGUACCCAGAUGAUGUUCGAGGCGGAAUCCAAUGUACUUUAUCUGUCACUGCACCGGUACGAUGACGGUAGCUUCUUCCCGGGUACAGGUGCCGUAUCAGAGGUCGGGAAGGGUGCCGGAAGCGGUUUCACUGUCAAUAUUGCAUGGUCAGGCGAAACGAUGGGGGACGCAGAAUACUUGGCCGCUUGGCGGUCGGUCGUCAUGCACGUGCUUAAACAGUUUGAACCGGAUAUAGUGCUGGUUUCAGCCGGUUUCGAUGGUGCUCGUGGACAUUGCUCAGCGUUGGGUGGAUACCAUCUGAGCACGGAAAUGUUCGCAUACAUGACCGAGAAACUAACCGAGUUGUGCAGCCGUCUGGUGCUGGUGUUGGAGGGCGGCUACGAGCUUGAGGUAUGCAAUAAGGCAGCCGAAAAAUGUUUGCGUGUUCUGGCAGAGAAGGCGCACUUUGACCUCCCAGAAGAAAGCGUCAAAGCGAUUCCAAAUCGCAGUGCCAGGGAGACACUUCGAAAGGUGGUCAGUGUGCAUGAAAAGUAUUGGAGCAACCUCUCAGACGACGGAAUCGCGAUGUCACACGAAGUGUGGGAGAAACUGCAUAUGAAAAUGGAAGAGGACUGCUCGGACGAGUCAUUCUGCGUCGUCGACGUGGUCAACACGAACAGUCCCAAACAAGAGGCACUAACGGAUGCCGGCGGCGGUGGCGCAAAAUCGUCAGUCGAAUGA